CCGCUGCCGCCACUCAGGUUACAGCUGCUUGGCUGGGUGCCCGGGGAGAUGGACGAGCUUUGAUCUCUGUUACUCCUCCAACACAGCGCCCUCUAGCCUUUCCCCAUCAGCCAGUUCUCUGUAGCAAAGUACCCAACCAGAAGGGUGUAUAGGCUCUACCCCCCCCCCAUGCCACAAAUCCCUCCAGAAGUGCCCAGCUCCUCAUACCUUUCUUUUCCCGCAGGUGCCUCGAGGAUUCUCUCCACCAUUAUGGGGCCCUGGUCCACCCUGGUCCUACUGGGGCUUCUCUUCUGUUGCUGCCUGGGCCACAGCAGCAGCCUUGCUGGUGCGCCCCGUGUCUACCUGACCUACAAAGAACUGCUGGAGACUCGCACUGCCCGUCCUUUCAGCUUCACCUUCAACACAAGUGAUUAUCGGAUCCUCCUGGUGGACCAAGACCAGGAACGGCUCUAUCUUGGAGCACGGGACUUCCUGGUGGCCUUGGACCUUCACAACAUCAACAAGGAGCCACUCAUUAUCCACUGGCCAGCACUACCAAGCCACCAGAAUGAGUGUCGCUUGGCAGGAAAAGGGCAGAGGGGUGAAUGUUUCAACUACAUCCGGCUUAUGGAGCCGUGGAACCGCACUCACCUCUAUGCGUGUGGAACAGGGGCCUACCACCCAGUCUGUGCCCUCAUCAACCGUGGCUGGCGCUCUGAAGAGUACCUCUUCCGUAUGGUGCCUCGUUCGCUGGAGCCGGGAAAGGGGAAGUGCCCUUAUGACCCACGGCAGCACAGCAUGGCCGUGCUUGUCAAUAACACAUUGUAUGCUGGAGUGCAUGUGGAUUUCAUGGGCACUGAUGCUGCCCUGUUCCGUACCAUGGGGCCUCGCCCAGCUGUGCGCACUGAGCAACAUGACUCCCGCUGGCUCUAUGACCCUGUUUUCCUCCAGGCUCACGUCAUUCCAGACAGCUCCGACCACAACGAUGACAAGCUCUACUUCUUUUUCCGUGAGAAAGCGCUUGAGGGUGCCGUGGGGCCUGCUGUGCUCGCUCGGGUGGGACGGGUUUGCCUGAAUGACGAUGGAGGCCAGCGCUCUUUGGUGAACAAGUGGACGACAUUCCUCAAAGCCCGCCUUGUUUGCUCCGUGAUUGGAGAGGAUGGCGUGGAGACAUUCUUUGACGAGCUGCGCGAUGUUUUCCUACUGCCGACUCAGGAUGAGAAGCAUCCGCUGCUCUACGGGGUGUUCUCCACGCUGGGGUCAGUGUUCCGUGGCUCUGCAGUCUGUGUUUACUCCAUGGCUGACAUCCGCACAGUCUUCAACGGGCCCUUUGCACAUAAGGAGGGGCACAACUACCAGUGGGGCCCGUACACGGGACGGGUGCCCUACCCUCGCCCGGGAGCUUGUCCAGGAGGAACCUUCACCCCUGGGCUUCGAUCCACGCGUGAGUUUUCUGAUGAGCUGGUGACCUUUGUGCGCGCUCACCCUUUGAUGUACAACGCCGUUUACCCACUGCAGCGCCGCCCCCUGCUGGUGAGGACCAACAUGCCCUACAGCUUCACCACCUUGGCUGUUGACUUGGUGGAUGCUGUGGACGGGCGCUACGAGGUGCUCUUUCUCGGCACAGACCAGGGCACAGUGCAGAAGGUGAUAGUGCUGCCGAAGGAACAUGGCAUCUUGGAAGAACUGACCCUGGAGGAAGUCGAGGUCUUCCGGGCUCCAGCUCCAGUGAAGACCCUCUGGAUCUCCUCUAAACGGCAACAGCUGUACGUCUCCUCGGAUGUGGGUGUUUCCCAGCUGAGCCUGCACAGAUGCCGUGAGUACGGGGAAGCCUGUUCUGACUGCUGCCUGGCCCGGGACCCCUAUUGCGCUUGGGAUGGGCAACGUUGCACCCGCUAUAGCCACACAGCGAAAAGGAGGAGCCGCCGUCAGGACAUCAAACAUGGGGACCCCCUGAGGCAGUGCCGGGGAUUUAAUGCCAAGGUAGAACAGCAAUUACAUGAGCAGAUUCAAUAUGGGCUAGAAGGAGGCAGCGUAUUUCUGGAGUGUGAACCACGGUCUCCUCAUGCGUCCGUCAAGUGGCUUAUGCAAACUCAUGAUUCUGACAAACGCAAGGUGUUGCCCCGGGAUCGUGUACUACUGCGAACGCCCCAGGGUGUGCUUUUAGGUCCAGUAACCCCGGCUGAUGGUGGGUUCUACCAAUGCAUAGGCACUGAAAAUCGGUUCCGCCACACGCUGCGCCGUCUUCGCUUGCACAUCCUGCCACGUGCUUUGCUUGAGGGGGCCAUCACCCACGAAGGACCACCUGCCCUUGGCAUUUGCGAGAGUUAUUGGCAGCAGCUCAACAGAGCCCAGGACACCCGCCGUGGGCGGAGUGGCCGCCAGUCCCAUGCCCUGCGGGACUCUGAACAGCAGGCCAAUUGGUAUAGAGCCUCCCAGCACUCUCUGAACUGGACCAGCAGUAGUCCCCAGCACUCCAAAAGCAGCAGCAGCAUUCGCCACCACCACCACCGCUCCAAGCCAUGGACGGGCCACCGUUCCCCCCCUCGAAGCUGAGUUCAGUGGAAGGGAAAGUGGGGGGGGAGAGAGGCUUUAACCCACAUUCUUUGAUGCGAGAGAAUGACAUUCCAAUGGACUCUUUGUAAGAGCUGGGGAAAACUUUUCUUUCCUUCACAAGCUGAGGGGGACAACACUGUUGUUAACAGGGUGUGUUGUGUUGUGUGUCCAGGCUAAUUCCAAGGUUUUGCAGGACCAGGGCUCACUGGCUCUUUCCACAGAUGUAAAUAUGACCAGUGCUGAUUCCAGGGGCUUUGGUUUUAGAGUCUAUUUUUUACGAUGCUCAUUUCUCCCCAUCUGACCCCCAUCUAUCAUGGUAGGAAAAUGGUGGGGCUCCCUUCAACUUUAACCCCAUGAUUUCAUUAACCCUGUGUUUCAGGAACAGAGUGAAGAUAAUAAAAUGCCAAUUUAUUUUCUAAACAAAAUGGAAAAAGGCCCUGCUGAAUUUGUGAAAGGGAGGACAGUUCUAUGCAGUGAUCCUAAUGUGACAGUAAACAUAGCUGUAAGAUCCAAUCCUGCUGAAUCAGUCCUACUGAGCACGGUAGAGGAUAAUGUCAGCAGCGUAUUCUUUUAAAAGUAGUUCAAGCCAACUUGGUUUUUUUUACUACAAACAGCACAAGCAUUAAACCGAACCCUUUCUUCAGCUGAAAAUAAAUUACACAGAUCCCUCCUUGUUUUUGUCCAGGCUGUGACCAAACGAGCAAACAUGGUCGACA